ACGUGAGAGUUAGGUUGCAAAUUUACAAACAUGAGAACACCUGCCGAUCUUAUGGUGGACAUUCCAGGGCCCUCGUGGAUUGUUUCUGGUUUGAGUAGGCAAAAUCAUGAAUGCCGAGAUACAGAUGCAAAUUGCCAAGGCCAUUGCAUCUGGUCUUAACAACUAUUGAUCAAAUCCAUGCAGCCAUGCCGCUGGACUGAACCCUAAUUCGCCAUAAUCUAACUGGUCAUAUUGGGCCAACGCUGCCUCACAGUCGCAUCCUCGUCGGCAUGGUAAAUCGCAAAAUACAACGACGACUAAAUCGACCGCUUCUGCUCAUAGUCGUUUCCCGUUCCAAAGGCAUUUCCAGCUUCCUCGAUCCGAACGUGUCGCCUCCCAGUUCCAAAGGCAUUUCCAGCUUCCUCCGAACGUGUCGCCUCACAGUUUCCCGUUCCAAAGGCAUUUCUAGCUCGCACCCUGUUUCCACAGCCAGCCAUACUUAACAACUUUGCUCUGUCGUGCUCAGAACCACUGGGUUCCCGCUGUAACCGUUGUCCAUGGUAUCAUUUCGCCAUGUUUCCUUCCCUUUCUUCCUAUGCCUUCUCUUCCUCAUAUUCCUUUCCUCUCCCACUGCCGGCGAUUUCCUCGGCAAACAGUGUGGCAGCACCGGCAACUAUACCGCCAACAGCACCUAUGAGACCAACCUCAACCUCCUCCUCCGUUCCCUCGCCUCCAACACUUCUCUCUCCGGUGGCUUCCUCAACGCCACCGUCGGCCAGAUCCCCAACCAAAUAUACGGCCUCGCCAUGUGCCGCGGCGACACCAACGCCUCGGUCUGCCGCUUCUGCCUCAGCGACGCAAUCCAAGACGCCCCCCAGCUCUGCCCGUACAACCAAGGCGCCAUCGUAUACUACGAUGACUGCCUCCUUCGCUACUCCAACCUGCGCUUCUUCUCGACCGUCGACACCUCGGUGCGGGAUAUCCAGUGGAACGUCAACAACGUGACCGACCCCGGCCGGUUCGACAAGAUUGUGGACGAGCUUAUGAGCGCGAUCACCGAUUGGGCCGUCUCCAACUCGACGAGGAGGUUCGCCACCGGGCUGAUGGUGAAUUCCACCAAGGCUCCUUUUCCUGAGAUAUAUGGUCUGGUGCAGUGCACACGGGACCUGUCGCCGAGCCAGUGCCAGCAGUGCCUCCAAGAUAUCCUUGAUCCAAGACCGACACAGCUACAGGGGAAGGAGGGAGGGAGGGUGCUCACACCAAGCUGCAAUUUUAGGUACGAGAUAUACAAGUUCUUCGACGGGGCACCGUCGCUAAGACUUGAGGAGCCGCUGGAGAACGCACCAGCGCCGGUAGUCCCUCCACCUACCAAAACACCCGAGGAAGAAGGAAAGAAGAAAAUGGCCAUCGGUAUGGUCCUUGCUAUUGCUAUACCUCUAGUAACUGCAUUCGUGCUGAUCUCCAUAAUUUGCAUUUGCAUCUCGAGGAGGAGGAAGCCAUUUGUAAAGUUACCAUUAUAUGGGAGUAGCCCGGAGGAAAUCGCAAGUGUCGAGUCCCUAUUACUUGAUAUAUCUACACUACGAUUUGCAACAUCUAACUUUUCUGAAGAGAACAAACUUGGAGAAGGCGGCUUUGGUGCAGUUUACAAGGGACUACUACCUGAUGGACGAGAAAUAGCAGUGAAGAGGUUAUCAGCUAGUUCAUCACAAGGAUUCAGAGAGCUGAGAAAUGAGCUAGUUUUAGUUGCAAAACUCCAGCACAGGAAUCUUGUAAGGCUUCUGGGUGUUUGCUUAGAAGAACAAGAGAAGUUGCUUGUUUAUGAAUAUGUGCCUAACAGAAGCCUGGACACCAUUCUUUUUGAUCAUGAGAAGCGUGAACAGCUAAACUGGGGAAGAAGGAACAAGAUCAUUGGCGGGAUUGCUCGAGGUCUACAGUACCUGCACGAAGAAUCUCAAUUAAAAAUUAUACAUCGGGAUUUAAAAGCUAGCAAUAUCUUAUUAGAUGCAGAUUUGAACCCAAAGAUUUCAGACUUUGGUUUGGCUAGGCUUUUUGGUGGAGACCAAACUCAGUGCACCACGAACCAAGUCGUUGGAACAUUUGGAUAUAUGGCACCAGAGUAUGUCAUGCAUGGGCAGUUUUCUAUCAAGUCAGAUGUAUACAGCUUUGGUGUUCUGGUUUUAGAGAUCGUGACAGGCAGAAAGAACAGUGAUUUUUCUAAUUCUGAAUAUGUUGAAGAUACAGUGAGCUAUGUCUGGGAGCAGUGGGUCAAAGGAACAAUUUUGGAGAUAUUGGACCCAUCUUUAGGCAACCAUUGCCCAAGAGGCGAAGUGUUAAGAUGUGUUCAAAUUGGCCUAUUGUGUGUCCAGGAAAAUCCAUCUGAUAGACCCAACAUGUUACAAGUUGUUGUGAUGCUCAGCAGUAUCUCUGUGUCUCUCCCGGCUCCUUCUAGACCAGCAUUUUGCAUAGGAAAGAGUGGCAUUGAUUCAGAUGCUUAUUCAAAUGAAGUUGGUUUAUCUAGAGGUACGUAUGACAAAUCUUCAAGCAAGUUAAUACCAAAGUCACCAAAUGAGGUGUCGAUUACAGAACUUGAACCUAGAUAAAUGUAUGAAGCUAAGUAGAAGAAGGUUGAUGAAUAUCUUGAACAAUUAUGGUCUUUCUUCAAAAUUAUAAAGAUUUUUCAUCAUGGAUGUAACACCUGCAUUUUUUAUCAGACCCUCAGAAACACUGGAAAUCUAGUGUGCGCGCCUCAUGUCUGCCCAUUCUCUUACAAGACAAUCUAUUACUUGAUUUCCUUUA